UACCUUCUCUUUUCUCACCCACUUGAAUCCGCCAUGGGUAUCGACAUCAAGAAGCAUCACGUUAAGAACAGCAACCGUACUGCUCCCAAGUCUAACAAUGUCUACUUGCAAUUGUUGGUCAAGUUGUAUCGUUUCCUCGCUCGUCGUACCGAUGCCAACUUUAACAAGGUUGUGUUGAAGCGUCUCUUUAUGUCUCGUAUCAACCGUCCUCCUGUCACUGUUUCCCGUUUGGCCAAGUAUGCUGCCAAGAAGGAUGUUGCCAACAAGACCUUUGUUGUUGUUGGUACUGUGACUGAUGACUCUCGUCUUUUGGAUUUGCCCAAGUUGUCUCUUGCUGCUCUCCAUGUCACCAAGACUGCCAAGGCUCGUAUCUUGAAGGCUGGUGGUGAAAUCUUGACUUUGGAUCAAUUGGCUCUUCGUGCUCCUACUGGUGCCAACACUGUCCUUGUCCGUGGUGCCAAGAACUCUCGUGAAGCCGUCAAGCACUUUGGUUUUGGUCCUCAUAAGAACAAGAAGCCUUAUGUCCGUUCCAAGGGUCGCAAGUUUGAAAAGGCUCGUGGUAAGCGUGCUUCUCGUGGUUUCAAGGUUUAA